UGUUUUUGUUUACUUUUUGGUGCUGUUAAGUAAUACCUGUGUACAAGUGCCGGUUAUCAAUCCUAGCUUUUAAAAUGGUCCGUGCCGGUCGGAUGUCCUACUUUCUUACCGAAUCUGGUCGCCGUUUGGUGUUCUAUGGGUCCACUACUCUGGCCGUGGGAAUAUUUUCCGGACACUAUCUUACCCAUACGAUCGGAAUCCAGUACUAUAAGAAUCUUUUCCAGGCGUACAAAAAUGGCGAGGAACGCCAAGUUUCCGAAAAGCUUCUUCAAAGAUUCGAACGAGCGGUCAAUCUGCUGAAUCUAUCGGAUUUCGAACGUAAAUUUGUGAACCCUUUCAUGGUGUCCGGUUUCGAUGUUUGCAACGCUGGAACGCUAAAAUCGCGUAACGGAGGGCUAGUUGGAAUUCCUGUUAACUUUGAGUAUGACCACGUUAACGAUAUCGAUAAAAAGGAUGUUAUUAUUCGUGGUCACAAAGUAGAUUGGAGCUCAGAAGGCGGUAAGCUGUUGGAAGGAUGCCUUGUGCUAUCCGAGGAUGAACAGGUGUUUGGUAUGGCAAGGGAAAUUGUCACCAUGAACACGAACAAGCGACUUUUCCAAGCUAUUAUUCCCACAACUGGUUGGGUGUUUACUUACAGCAUCGCCAGUCUGAUCAACCAAAGAAUGAACCUCUAUGUGAGGCCACGUUCGCUGCGCAUGGUGCUGUACACAAUCUGCGGUCUUUUCGGUUACGGUAUCUACUCAUUUGCAGCGGAUAUGAGCGAAAUGUAUUACGAAACCGAUGCUGACAAGAAACUAGCUGCAUUGGGUCCCCAGAUAGCAGAUGCCGGCGUUCGGUUCUAUAAUAAAAUCCUGCAGAAAAAUGUUGCCAUACGAAAGCUGACUGGAGAUGAUUACUAUACGGCGAAGGGAAACAUCAACUAUCUGGUUCGGCAGAAGGCAGCUCCACUCACUAUGCGAAGGGAUUUCUUUAUCGCUAGUUUAUCCGAUCUCACGAAUGAUCGAAGCGAAGAAGCCAGUUAACUUAUUGAAUAAAAUGCAUUUCAUUAUCUACUAGUUAAAGUUAA